AUACUCUAUUGACACGCGUGAUCGUAGAUAACCAAUUGCAGUAUCAUCUUAUUUUGCUAAAGUUCUUCUGUACGUAAUGAGUUUUUAAUUGAAUUUCAGUUUAUUGAUAUUUAUUCAGCUAUGUAGUGUACCAAAAAAUUCAUAAGUAUUCCAUUUUUAAUGUACAAAUAUUAAAUAAUCAUUUUAAUUUAAUUAAUUAUAAUCGAUAAAUUUACAUGCAUAAAUUUGCCAACUAGUUUUCCUUGAUUAUUAAUAAUUAUAAAUAUAAUUUUGCAUAGUGAUUUCACAAUUACAACUCAUGCGCAAUGUGAAAAUAUAAUUGUUAAAUACUUUUUUUUUACCCCACCACUGAUAUUUUAGAAAGAAUAAAAUUGUAAGUUUUGAAGAGUGGUUUAUCAUUGUCACAUUACUCUAUCAUUAGUUAUUGUUCUUGAUAUUUGUCAAAAAUGACAGAAAGUAAAAAGCAAAAUAAUAUAUUUACAUAUGAAACGCUCGUUCAUGCAAUAUCUGGUGCUGCGGGCAGUGUGGUUGCUAUGGCAACACUUUUUCCUCUUGACACUGUUCGUAGUAGAUUACAGUUAGAAGAAGGUAGACAAUCAAAAAAUACAUUGGCCAUUAUUUAUGAAUUAGUGUCGAAAGAAGGACCAUGUACAUUGUAUAGAGGAAUAAUUCCAGUAUUACAAAGUUUAUGUGCCAGUAAUUUCGUUUAUUUUUAUACUUUUCAUGGAUUAAAACGUUUAAGAAGCUCAAAAAAUCAAACUGCUAAAAAUGAUUUACUGGUCGCUUCAGUUGCCGGGAUAAUAAAUGUUUUUGCAACAACCCCUUUAUGGGUAGUAAAUACAAGACUGAAAAUGAAAGGCAUACCAAAUAAAGAGAAGCAAAAUGGGGCAAUUUCCGAGAGCAAAAGUACAGAAGCAUACGAUAAUUUAAUCGAUGGAUUAAUUUACAUUUGGAAAACUGAAGGUAUUUCAAAAUUAUGGGCUGGUACAAUAGCAAGCUUACUGCUUGUCAUUAAUCCUGCAAUCCAAUUUAUGACAUAUGAAAGCAUUAAAAGAAAAAUGAAUGCUUCAUAUAGUAGCCAAGCAGACGUACCGGCUUGGGUAUUUUUUUCUAUUGGGGCAAUCGCUAAAACUGUGGCUGCUGUUCUAACUUAUCCCAUACAAUUAGUUCAAUCAAAACUUAGGCAUGGACAUAAUUAUACCAACCUUUCUUCGGAUGCUGGAACUUUACAAAUUUUGCUUUACAUAUUCAGGAAACAAGGUUUUCGUGGUCUUUACAAAGGAAUGGAAGCCAAACUUUUACAGACUGUUUUAACAGCUGCUCUCAUGUUUGUAGCUUAUGAAAAAAUUUCUAAAUUUGUGUUCAAAAUCCUUCUUCAUCGUCCACACAUUAGAUAAUAUGUAUGGUACAAAUAAUUUUGUAGGUCAUCUCGAUACCCUUACAAUACAUUAUGUAUAAGAUAAUCAGUAUUGAAUAAUAGAACAAUAGACAAGUUAAAAUGUUCCUUAAAAAUUAUAUUACAGACAGUUUUUUUUUUAAAUUUUUCAGUAAAUUCAUUAUUGUAGUAAAAUAAGUACAACCAU